GUUGAGAGAGUCAUAGCGUCUAUAAGUACGAGCUGGAUGCACUAGUGGCGCACAGAUUUCAGAUUUUUGCGAUUAUUUUCUUGUGAUGGACUCAGCUCAUGUUGGUGGGUUUGCGAACUACAGCGCCGGAGGAUUGACUUGCCCGUCUCAUCCCAAACUUGUACGCGUGGACGAGGGCGACGAGAAUGUUGUUGUCGAUGCGUGGAUUCCUCGUGGGGUUCAUACCGGAUCGCAGUCGAGUGAGAGUCAGUUGAGAUCCCAGAUUCCCCUCCAACCUGCCGGGGCUCGCGCUGCUGAGCCGAGCAACAAGCGGGCCAGACAUGGAGUUGUCAAGAGAAGCGGAAAGAAAUUCCUCAGGACAGGCCAAUCCAAAGGCAGAUCGUUGCUGAUGUUCGGUACCAAGGCUCAAGACAAACCACGACCUGUAACUCAGUUUAGACGAUCAGGUCCAUCGUUUGAUUUCCACUACGACGAUUUGGAUGUGAAGAUAUUACUUACUAAGUUUGAGCAGGUUCGAAAGCAGUACAGGAAGGAAAAUAAGAAGGAAAUGUCAGCUCUGAGGGAUUUCUGUCGGGACUACUGGUAUCUGUUUUGCAAUGGCCGAGCGAGCAUAGACGGGAAAGUGCCUGGCAUCAAGGUCGGGCAGUGUUUUUAUCUGAGAACUGAGCUUUUUCUAGUGGCUCUUCAUCAUCGGAUACAAGCUGGCAUCGACUACUUCCCUGUCUCGAAAAGCCCUGUCAUGGCAGGAGGCGAGCGUGUGUCGGUAGCUGUUAGUGUGGUAGUGACAGGGAAUUUUGAGGAUGAUGUGGAUGAAGGCGAGAGGAUUAUGUAUUGUGGCGAAGGAGGGAGGCCUUUUGAGGGAGUGGACAAGGGACAACAAACUCAGGAUCAGACUCUAGUCAGGGGCAAUCUUGCUCUGUACAAUUCCUAUAAGUUGGGUAGGUCCGUUCGAGUGAUUCGUAAACAUAGGGAUGAGUCGAGUCCAUCCGGAUAUAUUUACUCGUAUGAUGGACUUUAUAAGGUCAGCCAAUCUUACAGGAAACGAGGAAAAAGCGGAUUGUUCGUCUUUAUGUUCGAGCUGAACCGACUGCCGAAUCAAGGACAAUUGAAGUGGUAGUCAGGACGGGUUCUAACUUGAGACUGUUGAAAUGAUUUGGAACAUCAUCUUCCAGAUCGACGCCCUUCCGUGUUCAACACUUUUGAAUGCGGUCGAAAAUUUUGUUCAGUUUUAGCUGACUGAUGGAUACAAAGUUCUUCCAGGCACGCUUACAGAAAUUCGAAGUUUGGACCACUUUGGCCUAGAAAUCAUCUUGUGAGUGCUUGUUGCCCACGAAAAGCGAUUCGAGGGGCGAUUCCUUGCACCGGGAUGUGAGGAGAUUGAAACCUGGAGCAAAUAAUACACGAGAGAAGUGCACAGCGAGAGCUGAUGACAGCAUCUUCGUACCCUUCAUUUCAUUUCAGCUUUCAAAUAUUCGAUCGUUAAAGGUUGGCACUCCUUGAUGGUCAACGUGACCGUUUGCUUCAGCGUUGGCCUUAACGGGACGACGGGUUAAUGUCAGCGAGGCCGAUUCCAGGAGCUUGUUCACUCUCGGAGCAACAGACAUUACAGUACGCAUACACAGGGUUGGCUACACCAUGUCAGUCAAGGCUCUCGACCAGCGAGUUCAUGUGAGGUUUCAGGUGGUGCGUAAGUUGUCCAAGGUUUCCAAUUUUGCUGUCAUAGUCCAAAUACAGAUGGUGGACCUGUAAGCAGCUUCUGUGAAGGAGUGUGUAUCUAUAAAAAGUUCUGAGCCAGUGCAAGAUACUGGUUGUCAUGAUUUUUGAAGUGUAAUAUGGAGUUCGAUUUUAUCAUGACGCUGUCGUGUAUAGGUAUUGUGCAUCCAGUCCGAACGCAAGGACCUGAACUUUGAACUACGUUUGUAACUUUUCCAAUUCCUUUUUUGUGUUUUGGUCUCUGUGUUUGUGUGUUUCUCUGUUUUGGUCCAGCCUUGUGCAAGACUACACUCAGUCUCGGUGUUUCGGAAGAUUGGCUUUUCUAGUGAGUCGUAAAUGAUGAUGGAGUUGAGUUCGAGUACCAUAAAAGGUCAAUACUCUGUAUUUACCCGAUUCUGCGUUCUGGUCUGCUCAGGAAAAAAGUGGCGAUGGUGGUAAUGGAUUGCGUUACACCACCAUUAGCAGGGUUGAUCAGAGUUUCAAUUGGUGAUAUAAUGCGUGAUGAUUGCCGUGAUAUUUGGCUGUAGUUUUGUGUAGAAAGGAAUAUUGUGUCAUCGGGUGAGUUCUCGAUGUGGAACUCACCGGAUGAGACUAUGGUAUGUAGCAAUAUUCAGAGAACUGAUUCAAAGUGAACAAUUUCAUUCGGUAGAAAGAUGUACUUGAGAACAGGGGAAUCUGCAGAUUACACAGAAGCAGGAAAUCGCAUCACACAACUGAUGCAGCUGAGUAUGAUUAAUGGCUUGAUCCAGUAAGAUCGGUAUAAACCUGCGCAAAACUCACUAUGGCGAAAUGCAAAUCACGUUGAUGGUAGUAAAGGUUUGGUUUGUGAUAUCUGUGCUGCGUCGAUUGUUGUCCUCGUUUCAACAGUCUCCAUCAACCCACUCGAGGAAACGUCGGUAGCAAUAAUAAACCCACUGUCACCCAACUUUGUACCACGCCUACACCACUGUCCGAUAAACGAGCCAACCUCGUAACUUCAGAACACUCUUGUAGAUUCAUUGUACAUCUGUACAGAUUGAAAGUGUGUUCAUAUUCGUUCAAUUGUUAGUUGACACACAUUUGAGGUAUGACAUACAUUUAAAUGUUUCCAAGUGAAGGAGUAAUCGUUUCAUGACUCCCGUGUAAACUUGAGUACAAAGGAUAGUGUAGGUA